AUGUCUAAUGAAAUCUAUGCCAAUUGUGAGUUUGAUAAUGACAAUGUUCGGACAACAGACAGGGUUGAGGAUCUUUAUACAAAUAAAGAGACUAUCAAUUCUCAUGUCUCCAGCAGCAAGACAAAGGAUGUCUCUCCAAAGAGCAGACCACUGGCUACAAACAUAGGUACCAAGAGCUCAGAGAGGAGAUCAACCAGAGCUGCUGCAGUGUGUCUGGGGCUGCUGUGUGUUCUCCUACUGGUUGGGAUCGUAGGCCUGUUUGUCUACUAUAAUGGAGUGAUGGGCAGUUUUGAAGAAAACAUCUUAGUUUAUAAAACCAACUCCUCAGCUGAAAAAUACCAGUUGGAAACCAAGUACAAUGCCAUGACUAAAGAGAGGGACCAACUCCAGGUUGAGAGAGACAAUCUUCAAGCAAAGCUCUCGAUGGUAGAACAACAUUUACAACAGGGAUGGAUAUAUUACAAGUCCAGUUUGUACUUCAUCUCUACUGAAAUGAAAACCUGGGAGGGGAGCAGAGAGGACUGUCUGAGUAGAGGAGCAAAUCUGGUGAUCAUAAACAGCAGAGAGGAACAGGUCUUUAUCCAUGGAUUGAAAAAGGAGACGUUCUGGAUUGGCCUGACUGACAGUGUUGAAGAGGGGAUCUGGAAGUGGGUGGAUGGCACAGCACUGACCACAGGGUACUGGUGGAGUGGGCAGCCUGAUAAUAAAAACGGCAUUGACGAGGAUUGUGCUGCGCGAUGGUCCGAUCAUUCUACCCCAGAAAAGGGCUGGCAUGAUGCACCGUGCAUCGAACUGCACUUUUCGGUAUGUGAGAAAAUUGCCUUCCUGUAACUGAACUGUAACCAAAAUAAGCCAAUACAGAACAUUAUGGCUCUGUCACAUUGAUUUCCAUUACAAAAUACCAGUGAUUAUGUUUUCCUAUUAAUCAAGAAUGAUUUUUUAAAAGUUUUAUGCAUUUGGUUUUACUGUAUUCGAUUUCUUGGAGAGACAUCUUAAUAAUAUUACUCUUGCAAUAUAAAAAUAGACACAAAUUGAGUCUGGACAUUUUUCUUAUCUAAACAAAUACGUCUGAUUUCAACUUCCGUUGAGA